GAAAUCGUCUCUUGGUCCCAUACAAUUCUGCUUCCGUGUACUGUGCUUCGCGGUAAGUGAAGUGCUUUAUUGUUGGUGUGUGUUAAUUACACUAAGUAGUUAUGACAAAAAUUAAGAAAGAAAAGCACGAUCCAGAUGAGGAGCCGGCCUGUUCCUCCAUGGCUGACCCUCAUGUGGAGAGGACGUAUCAAGAGUUGGUGGCUUUUGUUAAUCCGAUCGCUAGCCCGUUAGCCUCUCGCAAGUUGAGCAAGAAAUUAUAUAAGUGUGUCAAAAAAGCUGCUAAAGAAAAACAGAUUCGGCGAGGAGUGAAGGAGGUUCAGAAGUUUAUUAACAAGGGUGAAAAAGGAAUUGUCGUUUUGGCUGGAGACACGUUACCGAUUGAUGUUUAUUGUCACAUACCUGUGAUGUGUGAGGACCGAAGUAUUCCAUACGCCUACAUUCCUUCAAAAGUGUUCAGCAUUGUCAUUAUUUUACCACAGUAA